GAAGUUCGUCUCUGGAGUCAAAAUGGAGCUGCGUUGGAGCGAGGCGGCUGAGGAGGCUGAUGUCGGUUAACUAGAGACCUGGGACCGUUUAACCGUCCACAAACCCGAAACACACCGGAGCGGCGCACGGACGGUGUCUGGGAGGACCGAGCCACAGUCCGAGACGCACUUAGAUGGUGCGGUCAUGGCGGAGAAGCAGGAGGUGUGGAAGAGACACAUCUCAGAGCAGCUGAAGCUCCGAGACCGAGUGCAGAGGCAACCCUUCGAGGAGAUCUUCCACCAGUAUAACCGUCUGCUGGAGAAGUCGGACCUACAGGCCGUGCUGUCAGAGAGAUACCAGGCCGACAAGUAUGAGGUCCAGAGAGGACACGAGGCCAGCUCGGGCUCUGACUCGGGUCGCAGCGACGCUCUGCAGCAGGAAAUGGCCCAGAUGAGAAUCAAACACCAGGAGGAGCUGACGGAGCUGCACAAGAAACGAGGAGAGCUCGCUCAGAAUGUCAUCGAGCUCAACAACCUGAUCCAGCAGAAGGAGAAGGAGAUCCAGAGCAACGAGGCCAAGAUGUUGGAGUUCCAGCAGCAGAUCAGCAGUUUGGAAGGCGACUGCAGAGACCUGAAGACCUGCCUCCAGGAUCUGGAGAGAGCCAAUCAAACGCUUAAGGACGAGUAUGACGCCCUGCAGAUCACCUUCAGCGCUCUGGAAGAGAAGCUGAGGAAAACCACGGAGGACAACCAGGAGCUGGUGUCCCGUUGGAUGGCUGAGAAGGCCCAGGAGGCGAACAGGCUGAACGCUGAGAACGAGAAGGACAGCAGACGCAGACAGGCCAAGCUGCAGAAGGAGUUGGCCGACGCCGCCAAGGAGCCUCUGCCCAUCGACCCGGACGACGACAUCGAGGUCCUGGCAGAGGAUUCUGGGAAAGGAGGCGGGGAGACGUCACCAAACAGGCCGCUCAGUCGAACCCCCAGUAAGAAGAUCUCCCAGCCGCCCCCUGGUGGCCUCCUGGACUCCAUCUCCAACAUCUUUGGCGUGUCUGAGUGUGUUCAGCCUGGACUCCUCCCUCCACACUGCAGCAGGCGUCGAUCUGCCAACUCCUUCAGCACGUCACCAGAAAACACUGAAACGCCAUCAGGAGUGUGCGCCGAGGUCCGAGUCCCGACCACAGCGCUGCAUGUCUUUGAGGCCCAUGACGGCGAGGUAAAUGCCGUGAGGUUCAGCCCUGGCUCUCGUCUCCUAGCAACAGGAGGGAUGGACCGGCGGGUGAAGCUGUGGGAGGUCAUCUCCGGUCGUUGUGAACCUAAAGGAGCGCUGACCGGCAGCAACGCUGGAAUCACCAGCAUCGAGUUUGACAGUGCUGGCUCGUACCUGCUGGCGGCAUCCAACGACUUCGCCAGUCGCAUCUGGACCGUGGACGACUACAGACUGAGGCACACGCUGACAGGCCACAGCGGGAAGGUUCUGUCCGCUCGCUUCUUAUUGGACAAUGCCCGCAUUGUCUCCGGGAGCUACGACCGGACACUCAAACUGUGGGACCUCCGCAGCAAAGUCUGUAUGAAAACGGUGUUCGCAGGUUCCAGCUGUAACGACAUCGUCUGCACUGAACAGUGCGUCAUGAGUGGACACUUCGACAAGAAAGUUCGUUUCUGGGACAUCAGGGCAGAGAGUAUCGUCCGUGAGUUGGAGCUGCUCGGCCGAGUCACGUCUCUGGACCUGAACCACGACCGAACGGAGCUGCUGACCUGCUCCAGAGACGACCUGGUGAAGAUCAUCGACCUGCGCACCAACGCCGUCCGCCAGACCUUCAGCGCUCAGGGGUUCAAGUGCGGCGCCGACUGGACCCGGGUCACCUUCAGUCCUGACGGCAGCUACGUAGCUGGAGGAUCAGCUGAUGGAGCGCUGUACGUCUGGAAUGUCCUGACGGGAAAAGUGGACCGAACUCUGGACCGGAACCACAACUCCGCCAUUAACUCGGUGUCGUGGUCGCCGUCGGGGGCGUACGUCGCCAGCGUGGAGAAGGGCAGCAAGGCCAUCCUGUGGUCCGACAUGUGAGCGGGCGGGGCUACGGGAGUGGACGGACGCUGACCGGCGGCGGCGGUGAGGGGCCGGACGUUUGGGCUCUGACUCCGCCUUCACGUUUAAAACUCAGCUUGAAUCGUCAGACGCCCGGUGCGUUUCCAGGCGUCUGACGCGGGACGGUCCAGCUCAGAUGGACUCACGGACAAAAACAAAGUCUGCAGCGACGAGACGAGACUAACGUGUGUGUUUGGAAAAAUAUGUCGAACAAUAAAACCCAAAUAAUCCUGUUUAUUGAUGUGACUGUGGAGGCGAUGUGUGAUUGUAGAGUCCUGAGGCAGCCACCAGGGGGCAGCGACGCAACAGGACAGGAGGACGAGCUUCAUCCAGCAGGUACAUCCACGUCAGUCACAUCCUGAAAUCAGUCCAAUCCACUUUAAAGAAACACGCAGAGCAGAAAACCCACUAAAAUACUGAUUAGAUCCUUUAACUCGGAUCAGAAAUGUGUCCUCGACAUGAUGAUUAUUAAAGGAAGCGAAUGAAAAAUAUUUAUUUCUGUUGCACAAAGUCAUGUUUUUUCUGUGAUAAUGUUUCCUCCUGUGAAAAAAUGUUAAAUAAAACCUUUUCAGGUCAAAACCUC